ACACGUCCCCGCCACCACCCCCAACAUUUCUCUCAUCCUUCCAACUGUUUGGUCUGUUCUUAGUUUUAGGAGCCAAAUUCGGAAACAAAACAACAAUGAUGUGUUGUUGAAUCUUUGUUCAUGCCCAAUCACGGGAAAAAGACAAAAGAAAAAAAGAGAGAGAGAGAGAGAAAAAACAAAUAUCCUCAAAAUAAUGAAAAAGCCAUUAAUGUAACAGCACCUGUUUUUCAAAACCCAUUUGAGAGAAACACAAAAAGCAGACACCCAUUUCAGCAAAUCCGUAGAGUAGAAAACCCAUCAAACACCUGAAACACGAUAUUAUUGUUGGUUUCCUUUCUGGGUUUUGUUAUUGUGUAUUUUUUAUUGGAUGGUUAAACUUAUAUCUGGUUUCAGUGUUGGAAUGGUGGUUCGUUUGGUUUUGAGGAUCGCAUUGAGGGUACACAGAGAGCUCAAUCUGGGUUAAGAAAUAGAGCAACUUUGAGAGAAAAAAGAAAGAAAGAGGGGGUUGGAGAGAGAUGGGUUUUUGAAGAAGUUUGGAGAGAUAGAGAGAGAAUGAGCGAAGACCUGGGGGACAUUGUGAAGGUAAAUCACAAGCAAGUGGUAAGAAAAAGAGGCGUUUUUGUUGAGAAAAAUGUCAGUUGCCCACGUCGAUGACGACGAUGAAAUGGGUGAGGACUGCACGGUGGUGAAGCUCCUCUCCAAUGGGGACAUGUAUAAUGGGAGGUGGGUUGAAAACCUGCCUCAUGGGCAUGGAAAGUACUUGUGGACAGAUGGGUGUAUGUAUGCUGGUGAGUGGUUCAGAGGCAAAACCAUGGGCAAAGGUAGAUUCAGUUGGCCCUCUGGUGCCACCUAUGAGGGUGAAUUCAAGACUGGUUAUAUGGAUGGUCAAGGGACUUAUACAGGAGCUGGAGGUACCUAUAAAGGUUCUUGGAUUAUGAAUUUAAAGCAUGGAAAAGGGACUAAGAACUAUGCCAACGGGGAUUACUACGAAGGCGAGUGGCGUAGGGGAGUGCAAGAUGGACAAGGGCGUUACCAAUGGAGCAAUGGCAACUAUUAUAGUGGACAUUGGAAGAAUGGGGAGAUGAACGGAAAUGGAACAAUGGUUUGGACUAAUGGGAAUCAAUAUGAAGGGUCUUGGAAAGAUGGAUUGCCUAAAGGAAAAGGAGCAUUUCGAUGGGUGGAUGGGAGUUUUUAUGAAGGGGUGUGGAGUGAGAACCCGGAAGAACAAAGUGGGAUUUAUUAUCCUUCAGAUGUUGGUGAUAAUAAUAAUAGUGUAGAUUGGGAUCCUCAAGAAUUGUUUUCGGUUGAUUUAAAUGAUUGCAAGAUUUGUCCAGCUGAUAAGGUUUCAAUAUUGCCUUCACAGAAGGUGCUUAAUUGGCAUAGUCUUGAAGGGGACUUGUUGCACAAGAGAAAUGAUGCAAGGCCGAGGAGAUUGUCCGUGGAUGGGAGGCUGAGCAAUGGUGUUGUGCAUAGUUUUUACUCUGAUGCUGACAUUGAUGGAUUUUCAGUGGCAGGGAGAGAGGUAGAAGAAGUUCCAAUGCAGAUUAGAAUAAAGCCAACGAAGAGACAAGGGGAGACGAUAUCUAAAGGGCAUAAAAAUUAUGAGCUCAUGCUCAAUCUGCAGCUUGGAAUAAGACAUUCUGUUGGAAGACCAGCCCCGCCUACAUCCCUUGAUUUGAGGUCUUCAGCUUUUGAUCCCAAGGAGAAAGUAUGGACCAAAUUUCCGUCCGAAGGGUCAAAACAUACCCCACCUCACCAGUCUUGUGAAUUUAAAUGGAAGGAUUACUGUCCAUUGGUUUUCAGGACUCUUAGGAAAUUGUUCAAAGUGGAUGCUGCAGAUUACAUGUUAUCCAUCUGUGGGAAUGAUGCCCUCCGGGAGCUCUCAUCCCCUGGAAAAAGUGGAAGCUUCUUUUACUUGACCAAUGAUGACAAGUACAUGAUAAAGACCAUGAAGAAGGCAGAAGUUAAAGUUCUAUUAAGGAUGCUUCCAGCUUACUAUAAUCAUGUUCGAGCCUUUGAGAACACUCUUGUCAUCAAAUUUUUUGGCCUUCAUUGUGUGAAAUUGACAGGGCCUGCCCAAAAGAAGGUGCGAUUUGUUAUAAUGGGGAAUCUGCUCUGUACUGAGUAUCCUAUUCACAGACGUUUUGACUUGAAAGGUUCUUCACUUGGCCGCACAACUGAUAAACCUGAGACUGAAAUUGAUGCGACAACCACCCUUAAGGACCUUGAUCUAAACUUCAUUUUCCGAUUGCAAAGGGCUUGGUUCCAAGAGUUUUGCAGGCAAGUAGACAGGGAUUGUGACUUUCUUGAACAGGAGAGAAUUAUGGACUACAGUCUUUUGGUCGGUAUUCACUUUCGAGAAACUACUCCAUACACUAGGGAAGCCCGUAACACUGAGGGUCGUACUUCUGGAGUCCGCACUCCUACUGGAAACGGAGACCCUGAUAGUGAUGGAACAGCCCCUCGCCUUUCAAGAGCAGACAUGGAUCAACUUCCUUUUGACCCUGCCCGGUGGGAAUCCAUCAAAUUAGGCAUAAACAUGCCAUCACAGGCUGAAAGAACAGUGAGAAGAAGUGAUUGUGAGUUUCAGUUAAUUGGAGAACCAACAGGACAGUUAUAUGAUAUCAUCCUCUUCUUUGGCAUAAUAGAUAUAUUACAAGAUUAUGAUAUUAGCAAGAAGCUUGAGCAUGCAUACAAGUCAAUCCAAUAUGAUCCAACUUCAAUAUCUGCUGUUGAUCCGAGGCAAUAUGCAAAACGUUUUCGAGAUUUCAUUUUCAAAGUUUUCAAAGAAGACAGUUGAAGUUACAGAUAUAUAUACAUAUUAUAUUUUCCAACUUACAGCUAAUAGGCAACCCAUGUGUAGCUAGCUAGUCUUUGGUGGAGAAUAUGGAGAUGAUAGUGCUUAACGGUAUAAAAUUAACUAUCCGCCAAGAUUACAUAUGCUUCAGUAAUCUGACAUUACAGUAUUAGUAUCUUCCAUUAGUCCUAAUCCCAUUUUAUUCAUAGCUACAGAUGAUGUGUGUUUUAGUUGAGGGGUAUAGAUUAGCAUCGCAAUACUGGUCAUUCAAGCCUGUUCCAGUUGGAAUUCUUCUUGUACCCAUUAUUUAUUUAUUUAUUUAUUUAUUUGUCCCAGAAGGUGAGCAGUCUCUGGGAUUUCCAGCACUGAAUAAAAAUGUACAGAAGGAAAUUGAAAUGGAAAUGAAAAUGCUUUAUGGU